GGCGAAUGCCAUAACGUACUUCCUGGUUGUUAUGUUGCCCACUGUGUCUAAAAUAGAUCGAUUGGAUUGACGAUUAAUUCACCGUGUAUGUAUUGAUGCAUAGUCACAGUUUGUGUUGAUCUGUACUGAAAGCAGUGUGUGUGCGUGUGUGAUGUUUUGGGAAGACUACACUGAACGUUACGGCAGUGUAAACAUGGACUCCAAUGCACUUAUCCAAGACGCUGUAAAGUUUGCUACACAGGCAACUCAGCGCGAUCACAACAGAGAUUAUAAAACAGCAAUAUUUUAUUACACGGAAGCUAUCCAAGCUCUUUAUAAUGCGUCCAUAUUGAAUCCAGAUCAGAAUGUAAUCGCGAAAUAUCAGCAAUAUUGUGACCGAGUUACGGAACUAAAAAUGUUACUUGAAAAAGAUUCCCAGAAUGCAAUGGAGCAAGCGACGUCAUUUAAAACAAAAGAGCAGUUCGCGUGUGAGAAAGCCAAAUUUCUGAUCCAGCAAGCUUUUGAUGAAGACGCUCAUGGUAAUAAAGAAGCAGUAGAACUAUAUUUAGAAGCAGCUGACAUAUGUCUUACUACUAUGUCACAAAAGAACUCAUUGUUAUUCAUCAGAGCAGAGACUUUAAAGAAAUCAAGUGAAUUCACUUUACCAGAUCUUCCAAUGCCGCCAUCAACGUUACCUCUAGAUGAUGGCACUCAGAAUAGUGGACCAGCUGCUAAAUCACCGAUAUCAACACCAACUGCGAAACCAACACCAAGCCAUGCGGCAACAGGUGGUGGGGGGAGUGGAGGUGGUGGAGGUAGUGGUAGAUACACCCCUGAAGAAAUAGCUGUUUUGAGACGUACAUCCCUGAUCAAUGGCAGGGAAUUUGUGCCUUUCAUUUCACAAGCAGAUCAAAAAGAAAAAUUUGCAUAUAAAAUUCCAUUCAGUGACUCACAUGGAAAACUUAUGCUUUCACCAAAACAAAAAGAGAAGUUCUCGAAAUGGAUGAGACCAGAUGAAAUGGAUGGUGACCCACAAAUGAUUUAUGCUGUCUCUAGUUUUAGUAUAAAACAGACAGUAGUGUCUGAUUGCUCCUUUGUAGCAUCACUUGCUAUCAGUGCAGCAUAUGAAAGAAGAUUUAGAAAACAACUUAUAACAAGGAUAAUCUAUCCACAGAACAAACAAGGUCAACCUGUUUAUAACCCAUGUGGCAAAUACAUGGUGAUAUUAAAUUUGAAUGGUAUUAAAAGAAAAGUUAUCAUUGAUGAUUAUUUGCCAACUGAUAAAUAUGGAGGAUUACUGUGCUCCUUUUCCAAUAACCGCAAUGAAUUAUGGGUAUCAUUAUUGGAGAAAGCUUAUAUGAAAGUAAUGGGAGGCUAUGAUUUUCCAGGAUCUAACUCUAACAUAGACUUGCAUGCGCUGACCGGAUGGAUACCGGAAAGAGUCGCCAUUAGACCUGGCACACCAGAAUUUAAUAGCGAUAAAGUAUUCACUAAGAUGAUAAGUAGGUUUCCUAAAGGUGAUGUGUUGAUUACAGUUGCUACUGGUGUAUUGUCUGAUUCGGAUGCAGAGCGUGCAGGAUUAGUUCCAACACAUGCGUAUGCUAUGUUAGAUAUCAAAGAAAUAAUGAUUGGUUUACAGUGCGUGUUGAUAUCUAAAAGUUGUUGUUUAAUUUCAGGUGUAUUUUGGAUUGACUUUGAGUCAAUGUGUAAUUUUUUUGAUGUCAUUUACAUGAAUUGGAAUCCGGAUCUUUUCAAGUUCACAUACGUCACACAUCAUACAUGGAAGUGUCGUGAAGGACCUAAAAAAGAUAACUAUAAUAUAGGAGACAAUCCACAGUACAGGCUUGAUGUGAAAGGACAAGGAGCGGUGUGGGCGCUAUUAACAAGACACAUUACAGAUAAGGAUGACUUUGCUGAUAAUAAGGAGUAUAUUACUUUAUUGGUUUAUAAAACUGGUGGGAAAAAAGUAUUUUAUCCAAAUGAGCCGCCUCCUUUUAUUGAUGGCACUCGAAUCAAUAGUCCACAUUAUUUAUGUAAAAUGAUAGUACAAGAUAAAGGAACUUCACAUUAUACACUGGUACUAUCUCAGUAUGAAAAGAACAAUACCAUUCACUAUACACUCAGGAUUUUUGCUAGUUGCGAGUUCAAGUUAACAAAAGUGCCAGAGCCUUACACCAGUGAGAAAAUGAUUACUGGUCAGUGGUCGGGUCAUACUGCGGGGGGUUGCGGUAAUUACGCAGACACUCAUCCAAAUAACCCGAUAUAUCAAGUCACUUUACAAAAUAACACAAGUGGGAAUUAUUUAAUGAUUGACCUGAAAGGACCAAAGGAAUACAGUGUUGGAUUUGAAGUGAUUUCAGUCUCAACUGCAGGACAGGGAACGUCAUUUACCAAGAUGCACUCUGGUGACUUCAGGCGUGGUUUCUGUGUCAUGCAAAUAGAGGAUGUUCCAGGAGGUGUUUACAACAUAAUGCCGUGUACAUUCAAACCACAACAGCAAGGUCCAUUCUUUCUUACUGUCUCAGCAUCCUGUCCAAUGAAAAUUAACCAACUUCAAUGAAAUGCUAAAUUUGAUACAUUUGUGUUAGUCAUGUAUAAAUGUUUUGUAUUUGCUCUAGUAGUAGGGCAUU